GUGUCACGUGACCUCGCAGCCACUGUACAAUCAGCAUCACUGUAGUCAGUGUAGUGUGAGUGUCGUGACUGACUCAAGCUGCAGUCCUUCACUGACAACCCAUCGACACUGAACACUGUGUCAUGGAGGAAUUUCACAUCAGCGGGCUCGUGGCUGCUACGUUUACACCGUUAAAAGCAAACGGGGAUAUAGACUAUGACAAAAUUGACGAUUACUGCCAAUUCUUGUCCAACGAAGGAAUCAGUCAAGUGUACGUCAACGGCUCGACUGGAGAAGGCCCAUCUCUGACGACGGAGGAACGGAUGAAGACGACGGAAUGCUGGGUAAAAGCUGGAAGAAAAAACAGCAGGAUGUCGAAGAUACUAGUGCAGGUUGGCGGAACCACACUACGAGAUUCUAUCGCCUUGGCGAGACAUGCGGAAAGCGAGGGGGUUGCCGCUAUUUCUUCUCUCCCUCCCAUCUACUUCCCCAUCAGCACCAUGGGAGACUUAGUGGAGUACUGCCGGCAAGUGGCAGCAGCGGCGCCCUCUACACCCUUCUACUACUACCACAUACCCGCCAUGACCCGCGUCAACUUGGACAUGGCCACGUUUCUAGAGACCGCACGUGACGUCAUACCGACGCUGCGCGGCGUGAAGUACUCCCAUCAGGACCUCGUGCAGAUGUGUCACUGUCUGCGCUCACGUGACCGUCAUGGCCGCGCCUUCAACAUUCUCUACGGCUGCGACGAGCAAUUGAUGGCAGCUGUGGUUCUGGGGGCUGACGGGGCCAUCGGGUCGACGUACAACCACAUGGCGGGCACCUUCCAUCGUCUCCUGGCGCUGCUGAGUCAGUCGGACCUGCCAGGCGCUCUGGCCGAGCAGCACAGGAGCCAAGACUUCGUUCAGCAACUCUAUCGCUAUGGUGCCAAAACAGGAGGUUCCUUGCCCACGGGGAAGGCAGUGAUGUCGUUUGUAGGAUGUGAUGUCGGGCCUGUGCGCCCACCACUGAGAUCCCUCCAACCCGACGAACGUUCAGAGUUCUACGAACGACUAAAGUCUAUUGGGUUUUUUGAAUGGCGAAAAUAAUGGACAAACGUAAAGAACUGUACCUUAAGUAUCGGUGUGCAAACAAUCAGCAAAGCAACAUUUAAAAUAUCAACAAUGCAACAAGUAAGCGAGCAAUGAAAUAAAAAGGCGAU